AUGGCGACAUCGCCGCCGCAGAACCCUAGCUCCGGCGAUCCCUCCGAUGCGUCGAGCCUAGCAGCCGCGGCGCUCGAGGCGCCCGCGCGCGUAUGGAGAUCCCUCGUCGCGCGCCUCCCUCCCCUCCCGGACUCCUCCAGCUUCCUUGCUGCCGUCUCCGACCUCCAGCGCCGCUACCUCGGCGUCCGCCGUCCCCGCCGCCGCAGGCGCUCCGCUCUACCUCUCCCGCUCCGGCCCGCGGCCGCACACUCCGCUCGGAUUGCUGGUGAGAUGCCCAAAGCCUUUAUUAUCUUAGAUGACGUUGUGCAACACACCCUGACUAAUUUGCACAGUAUUCACAAAAGCUUACUAUUUUGGCAGGCCAAAGCUGAGGGAACAAAUUCUCAGAAAGUGUACUUUAUAAUCUUUGAGAGAGGUCCAAGGGCUUUUGUUGAUGCAACGUAUCAAACACUCACUAGACUCGGAAGCAAUAGACGUCCAGUCCAAUACAUUUUGCAUUCUGCAUCUGAUAUGGUGUCAACAAAACUUGCUGCCUUGACAAGUAUGCAACACUGCUUGGCCACUUUUCUUGCAGAGAUUCAUUCUGAAGUUGAUAAAUGCAGAGAAGGAUUAACUGAAAACUCAGAUAAAUCUCUGCAUACAUUGUUCAUUGUUUUAAAUACGACAUUCUCCAAGUUGGAGGUAUCACUUAGAAAUGCUGGUGAGGGGCAAGAUGAACUAUUUACACAUGAUGGAAAUUCAUAUGAACUGUUUGGGAAAUUGCCAGAAGUCGAUGUAGAGAGUUCAGAAUGGACAGAGGCCUUGGCAACAGAUGGUACAAGUUUAGUCUAUCAAAACCUUCAGAAGUUAGAUAGUUUUCUGUCCUCUCAGCUCUCGAGGCAUAAAAGACCAAACAGAUUGACCAUAUACUGGUUACCCUAUACAUGUGGAGCAGUGGGUCUCUCUGUGUGUUCUCUGUGGCUUUUACGCCAUAGCAGCUUGAUGGGAAGUCCUGAUAUCGACAAUUGGGUUCGAGAUGCUAAGGAGUCUGUGGCUGGAUUUUGGGAUGAACAUGUUGAGAAACCAGUGAGAUAUUUUGUAAAUUCACACUUCUAUUAUUUAUAUUUUAUUUUCAGUAUGGUAGCGAUGCUAGUUGCCUUUUGUGAGCAAACAGAGGGUCGGAAGUUGCCGGAAGAUUUAUCAGUGCAGGCGAUGUUGGAGACUCUCACGAUGAGAUAUGAGAAGGAAUUGAUACAUCCAAUUCAAAACCUGUUCAGUGGAGAAUUAGCCCGUGCUAUGCUUAUUCAGAUUCAAAAGCUUAAACUGGAUCUUGAAUCGGGACUACUGGAAAUGGAUCAGAUUCUUAGGGCAAAUGCUAUAAACUUUGCCGUUCUUGCAGCUCUGCCUGCUUUUGGUCUUUCACUUCUGCUGCUUGUGUUAUUGCGAACAUGGAUUCAGCGUGAUCAUGGUGCUGAGGGAAGAGGUAAUAUUGCACGAUGUCAACGGAGGCUGCUUCUUGUUGAUGUAGAGAGAAGGCUUAUGGAGUUUCAGCAUUACAGGGAUAAUGGAAUGGAGGAAGAGGCACGGUGCAAGUUUGGAUUAGUACUUUACACGCUUGAUAGACUGUGCAAAGCUGUUGAGUCUCACGCAAAAGAAACAGGCGAAUGGUUAAGCUUGAGAGAAGAUAUUUUUGAUCUGGCAAAGCUCGACAUGGGAACGCCAGACAAGAUGAUUGUCGUGUCACGCUUGAAGUGGAUGUAUAACUGCUUGCUUCCAUUCUCAUCGAGCCGUUUGCCACGUCUCUAG